UCCGCCAUUAUCCAGUACUAUAAAUUGUUAUUUUCCGUAGAAAUAAAUACAGUCACACUAUUUUAUUAUCGAUAGUUUUUCCUAGGCUCUCCAAAACUGGCAACAAAAUUUUAGAAAAAUGCGUAGUUUGUGUUGAAUUAGCGUGUUCCUUGUGAAAUAAGCCGCGUAUUUUGUUUCUGCAACUAUUAUAUGCGUAAUUAUGGAGUGAACAGCUGCUAGGCAAGAUAAAAGGCAAUUAACGUGUCAUCGCCAUGUCGUUGCAACCAACGCCGACACCGACGCCGACCCCGGCAGUGCCUACCAGCAAUGGCAGCAGCGUUGUAUCCGUAGUGCGCCCCCAAUCACUAGCUGGUCCGGAGCGUGAGCCCGUCGAGUUCAAUAUCAAUCUAGUAGGUGCACCGCCUGAAGUCGAAGAGCUGGUGGCACAAAUAAAGUGCGUAGCUGAGCAGUUUCUCUAUCACUGGAAGAGUUUUCCUAUUGUUCUCCCUCAACCAUUGGCCACCAGCGGCAGCUUGAAUGUGACGUCUAGCAACGCAACAAACAGCGUCAGCGGCCGCAAAAAGCGUGCCAUUAACCAAACUGACCUAUUCAUUGCACCACCCUUUGAUGAAUUGGAUGCGGUUGCAUCCGAUGGCAGCGGCGAGCCGCGUCGACUUACAAAUGCACAAUUGAAGAGUUUGCGUGAAACUGGCUUGCAAAAGGAUAAAUAUGGAAAGCCGAAGAAAUUAACUUUGGAACAAUUGGAAACAAUACGUAAAAAUGGGGAAUUCGAUGUGCCGAGCUUGCAUUUUGUCGGUCAGGUGCACAAAUGGCGUUUGUCUCAGCUGCUGCAGAAGGGCACGCUGCGUGCCAACGACUCCUUCCUAAGCGAUCUCGCAUUGGCGGCACGCUUUGUGGUGGUCACGGCACGGGCUCGCAUCUUUUCGCAUUUCUUUUCGCUGCUGCAUGCAGCACACGCUUUAAUCGAUUCCCUGAUCAAGCUGGCGGACAUGUUCAUUGGCGUCCCAGCGCUGCUGGCUCACAAUCUGGACUAUAAGAUCAAAGAGGAACGCUGUCGUUAUCUUAUUGCUGAACUGGUGUGUCGUCCUGAGUACGAGGAAUGUCUGGAUGGACUAUGUGCCUAUGUGCGCAAGAUGCUGCGGCGUGCUACCAUGGAAAAGUUUGAUUUCAACAGUUGCGAGGUGAAGCAGCCAGUGCCAUAUCUCUUUCUGACGCCCAAGGGGCAGGAGAUCGACUUGCGACUCUUUUGCCGUGACAUUAUGCGGAAGGCCUUGCCAGUGCUGGUGGGCAUAUUGGAGCGAGAGACGCGUGGUUGGUUUCUUCACUUUCGAGAGCGACUAAUUGCCGAGAUGCGCGCUAAGAAGCUCAAUGACAAAGAAAUCGAAGAGGAAGUCAACCAGGCUGUCAUGAAGGAAUAUCUGCAGCGUGUCUACAGCUCCAUUAUGUCCAAUGCAAAGCUAGCUGAACUGGGUGCUGGCAUACCGCAACUGCUGCUGGAGCAGGCCCAAUCGGUGGUCAUCAUGUAUAAGGCUGUCGAUAAGGUUCAACAGGAUAUUAAGCGCACGCGUGAAGAUCACCAGAAGUGUCUCUCCAAUGAUCACUCUGUGCUGUCGCGUGUGGCGCCCUGGCUGCGCUCCAAGCUGCGGCACGCCGAGCAGAAUAAGCUUUAUAAGUGCGCAUGGUCCGCACACGAGGAGGCACUGAAGCUGUGCAAUCAGCACAAUCUGCAGCAGACCGCAUACUUUCUGAGUCGUGAUCUGGCCUUUAUGAAGGAGCGUGAGCCUGUGCUGCUCAAGGAAUUGCAGAAUGCCAAGACGCCGACGCGCACCUUUCAAUGGGCCUGUCGCAUUUGGUCGCCUCAGUCGUGGAUUAUACGCCGUAACUUUCAGGGCCAAUCGGAUGUAAUACCCACGGUAAUCAGUCAACAGGCCACUUCGAUUGUAACACCUCGCUCUGAUCCCAGUCAGCCAGUGUUUUUGGUUGAGAAGGAGCGUUUACGUACGACAAGCACGCGCUGGCCUUUCUGGCGUCUGUUGAACCUGAUGCAGCGCACCUGGUGCUGGACCUGGAACAUGAUGUUUUUGUUGGGCAUUCUGGUGCCUUGGUGCAGUCCGCUGGGCUUGCGAGCUCUGUGCUGUGUGAAACCGUUUAUGCCCGAUCUGGAAUUAUCGCAAAUCAAUGGCACACUCUUUCCGCGCAAGACGAGCAUAACCCAGACCAUGGCAUCGCGUCUCAUCGAACUCUGGCGACACAUAUCAAAGUCACGCACACGUUUCGAAACCGAACCAGACACGGGAUUCAUUGGCAAGGGCUUGACACGCAACAUGAACCGCACGUGGAACUACUUUGUGAAAGGUUUUCUGGGCACAAUUGUCAUAUUGUUUGCAUUCCCAUUGAUUUGCCUCGCCACCAGUUGUCUUAGCAUAGCAUUAGCCUUGAGCGCUCCGCUGUGGAUACCAGUGUUUGUCUUGCUGCUUCAUAUUUAUAUGAUAUUGGUCUACGAUCUGGAUGCGCCCGACAAUACAGCGAAUCGUUACUGCAUACUGCUGGAGGCGCUCAUAUGGAAUUUUCUCGUACAGGGCAUAUUGCAACCAUUGGCAGCAGUGCUUGUGGCUACGCUGCUAUGUCCACUUGCUGCUGGGCUUGUGCUUAUAGUUGGCUUUGCACGCUACGCAUUGCGAUUACUGUGGGACUCGCUCACCUUCCACUUGUUUAUUAAGAAAUGUGGCCGCAUACCUGCGUCAGAUAGCAUUGCGGUUAAGCGCAUUGCCGGGCCAGGACUGGCGCUUGACUAUUAUUUCAUUAUACGGCCGGAGCAGGCAUUGGCAGCAUUAGAGGCUAAAAUGGAACUAGACGAGCUGCAGGCCUAUCAGCAUGCCACCGAGCGUGUGGUGUUGCAGCCACAGCAAGACUUUCUACAGUUUGUGGAAGCUUGCUUUGGGCCCUUCUCGGCACAGCUAUCCAAAACCGGUCCCUACUUGGCGCUGGAUCGCGAAGCGCAGGAUCUGAUGAGCACGUUACAUGAGCGGCUCGAAAAGCGACGUCGAGAACUACAGUCCAUGCUGACUACGCAGGUCAAGUCGCGCAUUAAAUUAAAUACCAAAGAGUUAAAGAUUGCAAUACAACUGGCCGCCCAUUUACUCGAGAAGUACUAUCCGUCUCAUGUUAUAGGUCGACUGUCCAUUAGUGAGGAUGAAUUCUGGGACAAUAAAGGACUCUCGGUGAAUGAUUGGCCUGGUCUGGCUGGCCUUAUUUAUACCGACAUAUUUAGCUUAGAUUUUCUAACACCACUGACUGAGAAUGACACGCAUUUUAAAUUAGAGCCACAUGCCUCGCUUGAUUUAACACGUUACACCGAGAUGGUUAAGAAUGCCAAUGAUGUGAUUGGCUCCAAGGGUUUGGAUUUGUUGGGCAAUGUUUAUGCGCCGCGCGGCAAUGUCCAAGUGCAUUUACCGUUCCUUGAAGUGACCGCAUUUAAUCCACGCUCACGCAUCACGUUGACCUUCCGCAAGCCAGAGAAGCGCGACAUGACUGUGGGUCUAACGACGCCAAGAGUGCGCGCUCAUCGUGCGCAGCAUGCUCCAAAAGCAGGCCAAGAUACACCGAAACAAUGGCGUCCUUGGAAGCAAAACAGUGUUGAGCGUAGUGUGACCGAGAAGUUGCUUAUACCGUUGCCUGUGCCACAUCCGGUACACAUUGCCAUUGCUAUUUACAAUCGUGAUACUGAACAGCCUAUACCAUUGGAUUCGGAGCUGGUGUGGGAAAUACUCAAAUCGAUAGAAGACUGUCAAGGCGGCGAUGCAAUAGCGGUGCACUCAGUGGCACGCUAUCAUGGCGCAGCUAUGGAGUCCAGCAAUGAUUCGUUGGCCAGCAGUAGUAGCAUUGGCAGCACACGGGAAUCUGGUACUGGUUCGGUCUCCGGCUCGGCGAUGGGCAAUGGCACAGAGACCUUGCCAUGCGGCAAUCGAGAGGUUUGCACACAAGUCAAGGUUGAUGCAGAGCCGGCACCAAGCGCUUCCGGUUUCCACUGGACUCUCAGCAACUGGGGAGCCGCCCAAACGGCACGUCGUCGGACCAAUUCCAACGUGCGCGUCGAUUUAGCCAGUCCCGAAGACAUAUCGCUGGACACUGACAGCUCGCGUGCCGUCUUUAACAACGCCUACGGCACCACAGUCUAACAGAUUCAUGAGAACAACAACAAACAGUAUAUAAGCUUACAAAUAUCUUCAUACAUUAACUUUAUAUACAUACACAGCAUAUGUAAAUGUAAAUGCAUGGGCUUGUUCGCUGCUCCGUCGCAUAUCUUCAAGCCACUUUUAGAUUUUAACCAUUUUAAAUGCAGUUAGCUUUUGUACAUGACACGCGUCGCAAUGUAAACUCACGCGUAUUAAUAGCUUUACUUGAUCCAAGUUCUUAGUCGAAGCCAAGCAUUUGCUACCAGGAUUUUAUUUUUUGGAAAUUUGAGCAAUCGAAAUAUUCUGCAUUCUUUUAAGCGUACAGCCUAAGAAGCCAUUCUAAUAGUAGUUAAGCGCAAAACUUAUCUAUAUAUACGUAUUUACAAGUAUAUAUAUAUACCUAUAUUUAACAUACGAGUUCUUAGUUUAUAAAAUUAUACAUACAUACACAAAUUUAUGAAGCAAGCAACUUAAUUCUAGUCGCAAGCAAAUUUUAUGCAGCAAUUUUACUCGAAUUCUUCUUAUGCAAUUAAUAGAAUAAUACACAACAAAAAUACAAACAAGCAGCUUCAAUAUAUAUACGGCUUCUCUAAUGAUUUUACAUAUGUUAUAGGAUUAACUUUUAACUUUCGCUUCAAAGCAUAACUAAUACAUUAACAACUGCACACUGUGUGCUCUAUUUAGCAACCGAACUACGUCAGUCUAUGCGGCAGCAUUUCAAUAUUUAAAUAACAUUCGCAAAUCAAUUUAGAAUAGCAGCUUGACUGAGCAAAAUCGAUGUUGACACACACAACGUGUAAGGGCCAUGAGAUUUUUUUUGUACCUAACAUAUUUUGAAUACUUAAGUUAAAAACUAACAAUAAAUGUGUAUGAGUAUGAAUGCCACAAAUUGCUUAAUGAGCAGUUGAACAAUAUUGUUAAAUAAUGUUAAACAUCGUACAACUAAUUUAUAUACGAAAAUCAGACCUGCAUAGAGUACUACAACUUCUACAGCAUGAACAACAAAUACAACGCCCAAUUUAAUUCCCAAACAAUACUAACUCAAUAAUAAGAAAAUUUAUUCUUAUUAAGUCUCUUUCCAGCAAUUCCUACUCAUGUCCUCCCAGUAUUUACAAAAAAACUUUGUGUGAACUGCCUCAGAACUUUAAGUAUUACGUUUUACUAAAUCUGCAAUGCACUCUUAAAACUUCAAGCUUCGGCAGCUUCCAGUAUUUGUCUAGAUUGGUUAUUUGCAUUUUUGGAGACAUUUAUAUGUACAAUACAGCCCGUUUGUUUGUUUGAUACCUUAUUAGAAAACUGCGAACGGGUCGUAAUUAUUAGUUUGUGUGAAUUCAAGUUCAGGCAAGCUACAAUACAAAAAUAAACAUACCUACAUACUUGCGAACAUACUUAUUUUGUUGUUAUACAAAUACAAACAUACGGAUCUAAAAAACUAAGAUAAUCUCAUGAAUAAUGCAAUUUUAUGAAAAUGUACGUAGUG